AUGAAAACCACUUUUUUUCUCAUUACGUUCCUUUUCUUCCAAAGAUUUGGCUUAACCAAGGCCUCAACUUCUUCAAAUAUUACAUGUAUCGAAACCGAGAGGCAAUCCCUUCUUGCAUUCCAACAAGGCCUCGGUUUGUCAACAUGGAGCGGAGUAGAAUGUUGUAAAUGGUCUGGAGUUAGGUGCGACCCUCGAAAUGGUCAUAUUGUCAAACUGGAUCUUCAUGAACAAUGGCUCAAAGGUGAGUUGACUCCUUCCUUAAAAAAUAUUAAGCAUUUGCGUCACUUGGACUUGAGCAUGAACGACUUCUCAGGUAACAGUAUUCCUGAUUUCUUAGGAUCAUUCCAGCAAUUGACAUACCUUAAUUUGUCACGUUCAAAUUUUGGAGGAGUAGUUCCUCAUCAACUAGUAAAUCUCUCAAUGUUACAAUAUCUUGAUCUAAGUUAUAAUGAACUUAAUGUGGAUGAUUUGGGAUGGGUAUCCUCACUAUCGUCAUUAAGAUACUUGGAUUUAUCUCAUAUAACCAUUGGGAAACAUAUUGAUUGGUUCCAUUCAGUGAACAUGCUCCCUUCUUUACUUGCAUUGAAUUUGGCAGAGAGUGAUGUUAAUAUCCCUUCAGUUAAAUAUGUCAAUUUCACAUCUCUUAAUUCACUCGACCUCUCCUUCAAUGACAUCAACGCCACCAUUCCAGGAUGGUUAUCAAACCUUACUAGCCUCGUUCGUUUGGACCUUUCAUACAACAUGUUUUUUGGUCUUAUUCCCACAAGCCUUGGACGACUCCUCUGGAUAGAAGACCUAAAUCUUGGUAAUAACCAAUUGAGUGGGAACAUUCCCAUGAGUCUUUGGCAACUAUCAAAGCUCAAGAGUCUAGAUCUCUCCUACAAUUCAUUGGUUGGAGUUCUUUCAGAAACACAUUUCACAAACCUAAAGAAUCUAAAUUACUUGAUGUUGUCAGGGAAUUCUUUAGCAUUAAAUUUUAGUUAUGGAUGGAUUACCCCCUUCCAACUCCGUGUGUUUUUUGCAAGUUCCUGCUACAUCGGUCCCCACUUUCCUCAUUGGCUUCAAACACAAAUAAACCUUCAGAAAUUAGAUCUUUCUAACUCAAGUAUUAGAGAUACAAUACCUGAAUGGUUUGAGAACAACUUGUAUCAUAUUCAUUUCUUGGAUUUGUCUAAUAACCAGAUCAGUGGCAAAUUGCCGCGAUUAGAUUUCAAUAGUAGCAAUCAUACAGAGGACCGAUACCUGAAGUUGAACUCUAACAGAUUUGAGGGGCCACUAGCAAUAUUUCCAUCAAAUGUAAAACUUUUGGAUCUCUCUGAUAACCAACUAUCUGGGCAUAUUCCUCAAACAAAUGGAAUAACGAACCCAAAUUUGGAAGUUAUUAAUCUCUCAAAAAACUUUUUUAAAGGAAGCAUUCCGAUACACUUAUGCAAGGUUACUAACAUGUUCGCUUUAGAUUUAUCACAAAAUAAGUUUUCCGGAAGGCUUCCUCGAUGCUUAGGGAACUUGACUAGAUUGCAAGCGCUUGAUCUUUCAAAUAAUACUAUAAGCGGUGUGGUACCAGGCUCAUUGGGUUCUUUAGAAGGUCUAAUAUCGAUGCAUUUGCAAAACAAUAGAUUGGAGGGGGAUUUCCCUAUAUCCUUACGAAACUUGGGUUUAGCAACAUUGGACUUAGGGAACAAUUUGUUCACGGGUACCAUCCCUUCAUGGAUUGGUGAAAAGGUACCUUAUAACCUUGAAUUCUUGAAUAUCCAGGCAAAUAAGUUUACUGGUGAUAUCCCGCUACAACUUUGUCAACACAACAAUCUUCAAUAUUUAAGUCUGGCACGUAAUAACAUAACGGGAACCAUUCCAGAUUGCUUUGGAAAUUUUACGCGAAUGAUGACGACAUCAUCUACACCGUACCCUAUGCCUGUGGGCUAUGAAGAAAAUAUUAUGGCUUCAAUAAAGGGAAGGGAGCUUCAGUACAACUCGGAAGUACAUUUUCUUACAUCCAUAGAUCUCUCAAACAACAAUAUUGUUGGAGAAAUUCCCAAAGCUCUAAUGAGUCUUAUUGGGUUGAUAAACUUGAAUCUUUCAGGAAAUCAUCUUCAAGGACAAAUCCCACCACUCAUCGGAGAUCUAAAGCAACUAGAAUCUUUAGAUUUGUCGAUGAACAAGCUAUCAGGUCGGAUUCCACAAAGUUUGACUAGCUUGCACUUUCUAAGCUACUUGAACCUGUCAUUCAAUAACUUAUCUGGCCCAAUUCCAAUCGGAAAUCAGCUACAGACUCUAGAUGACAUAUCUAAUUAUCAAGGGAACGAUGGACUAUGUGGGCCACCCGUGUCGAAGAGUUGCAACGGAAAUAAUGUAACAGCCAAUAACGUUGGUGAUGAUGAAGGUCAAGGUAACACUGAAAGCUUGUGGUUUUAUGCGGGAAUGGGUCCAGGGUUCGUUGCUGGAUUAGUGGGACUCCUUGGGAGUUUGCACUUCAUCAGAAGAUGGAGGCUGGCUUACUUUGAGACUCUUGAAAAGGUUUGUGGUUUGAUUACUGCAUCAUUUCUACGGAAUCUUGCUCGUCGAGGAAGAAAGUUUUCAAAUGAAGUACAACCUUAA